GACAUCUGUCACUUUGACGUUUCCUUGUUUUGCAAUCUUCGCUUUGAUUUUGGACUUUGUUCCAUUCGAUUGUUUUUGUUUUCAUUUAGUAUUUUAGCAGUGCUUGUGUGCACUCGCGUCUACUUAAUUAACUAAAAAUUAAGAAAAAUGUCUUCGUUUAUCAAAACAAUUGCUUUUAACAAUCCUAGGAAACUAAUUUCGAAUGUAUUCAUCCGAACAUUCACCAAAGCAGAACUGCCACAGUUUGAGACGCUAGCUGUGUCUGUCCCAAAGAAACAUGUGUACCAUGUGGAGCUGAACCGGCCUAAAAAAUCUAACUCUUUCACUAGGACUAUGUGGCAAGAAAUAAACAACUGCUUCACGACACUGAGCUUAAUUCCUGAGUGCAGAGUGAUUGUGUUGUCUGGUCAGGGCAAGCAUUUCUGUGGUGGUAUUGAGUUGCAAAGCUUGGUGCAAUUGGCCGCUGAGGCUGACGAACUGGAGGACGUGGCGAGGAAGGCUCGCUACCAUUACAACUUCAUCAAAUAUGCUCAGGAAACGAUAACAUCUCUAGAGGAUUGCGUGAAGCCCGUGAUAGCGGUGACACACAACGCCUGCAUCGGAGCUGGAGUCAACUUGAUCACUGCCGCUGAUAUGAGAUACUGCACGGAAGACUGUUGGUUCUCGGUGCGCGAGGUGGACGUAGGACUGGCUCCCGAUGUAGGCACGCUGCAGAGGUUCCCUAAGGUAGUGGGCAACGCAUCAGUGGCGCGAGAGCUUUGCUUCACCGGCAGAAACUUCGACGCUAAAGAGGCAAAGGAGAUUGGUCUAGUCAGCGAAGUAUUCCCUGAUAAGGACACUGCCCUGACGAAAGUGCUGGAGAUCGCAGAGAACAUAGCGUCGAAGAGUCCCGUGGCGGUGCAGACCACGAAGAUCAACCUCGUGUACUCACAGAGCCGACCUAACAAGGACGGGUUGGAACACGUUCGUCUACUAAACUCAGUGAUGAACCAAGGCGAAGAUUUAACAAAGGCGGCCAUCGCUCAAGCCACCAAGAGCCCGAUACCAGAGUUUGAUAAUGUUUAAGAACAAUUCUAAUUGCAGGGACAGGGAAAAAGAGCUUUUAUUUCAAGGUUUUAAGGCAUAAUUUGUGUAUUUUAAUAUACACGCGGAAUAACUAAGUCUUUAUAGUUAAAAAGUAAAUGUAACUGUUUUCUGUAUUUUUUUCCGCUUGUCCCAACUUUGUACCAAAUGACUAACCGUCCUGGUGAAAUUCUUUUUUUAUAAAAUAUAUUUCUUUGACAUUAAUGACUAUAAUAAAGAAAUUAUAAUCAAAAGUGCAAUAAUUCGAGAGACUUUUACAUACAUUUUGAUGAUGUAUUUCUACUCAUAGAUUGUGUUUUUAAUUAAUGAAUCGAAAGUCCAUUUCCAUUAAAUUUAAUCUAUUUUUGAAAGUAUUUGACUUGAAACUGAUAUAACAAAUUAAGCAUUUUUCAAAAAUCAUUGCCAUCACACAUAUUAAUUAAUUUCGGUAAUAGGGUAGAUGACUCUUUUUUAUUUUAAUGUCUGCCUUGUAGAUUAUUUUAAAAUACGUACUGUUUAUUUUCUUACGGAAACAAAUGGAGCGUCCAAAAUCCUAUUGUUUCCAGCAAUAUACAUAUUAACAUUUUCGAUAAAUAUUGAGCCCAUCAUUUUAUUUAGAAAUCUACCUCAAAAACAUAUGUUUCCUAUACCUAAUGAAUUGUCUUGAGAUUUUACUCCAUACCUGUAUAAAAUAAGAUAUAAAGUGCAUUAUUAUUGUAUUUUAUAUGUAUAAGUGACAUAUUUUUGAAAUGUAUUCCUUGUUGUUAACUUUUAUAUUGAAGUAUUAUUCAAUAAAAUGUUUAUUUAUAU